AUGGCCGCGGUGCUCGGCGCGUUCGUGCCGGACACCGCUGCGCGGUGGCGCGCUGUGGCGAAGGGCGAAGCGGCGAGGGGGCUGGGCGUCGCUGCGGCGGCCCGGAAGCUAGCGGCGAGGCUAGAGCGUGUGAGCGCCGGGCUGGGUGACGCCGAGGCGCGCGGGGAAGACGAGGCCGCCAUACGUUGGCUCGCCGAGGUCCGCGCCGCGGCUUACGAGGCAGACGCCACCGUCGACCGCUGCAGGGUCGCGGCGAGAUGGCGCAGGGGCAGGGAACCGCAGCAGCAGGCUCUGCCUUGGCUGCUAUCCUCGUGCUGCGACGAUGACGACGCAGAGACCCCGCGGAAGGUCGCCACCGAUGUCAAGAACGUGAACCGAAAGCUGAAGGCGAUCCUGAAGGAGCAGCGUCGGCUGCAGCUCCACGCAUCAUCAGUCGAUGAUCACCCAGUCCGUGCACGGACAGUGCCGAGGCACCGGAAAUCCAAAUUUGCCAACAUCGGCUUCGUCGGCGCGACAAUCGAAGAUGACGCAGGCCGGCUCGUGCACCGGUUGACGCAGAAAGACAAGCUCCAGGCCGCGUGCGAGGUCGUGGCCGUGGUCGGCCCGGACGGCAUUGGCAAGACCACGCUCGCCAAGGCGGUGUACGAGAGCAAGAGGGUGCGAUGCAGCUUCGAGACAAGGUCAUGGGUUCGCCUCUCCAGGGUGUACACAAAGGCCGGCCUGCUAUGGCAGGUCGUUGACGCCAUUGGUGGCGGCGACAUGACAGGCGACGAGAGCGUCGCCGACCUGGAGGCAAUGCUGACUGGCCUGGCGGCGAACAGGAGGUUCUUGCUGGUGCUCGACGACGUGUGGCACGGCGGAGUGUGGGACGACGUGCUGCGGAAGCCACUCAGCGGUGGCCAUGGCGGCAAGGUUCUGGUCACGGCACGGCACGGCAGGAUCGCACGAGAGAUGGGCGCCGACCAUGUCCACCGAGCAAAGAAGCUGAGUGCCGACGAAGGCUGGCUGCUGCUCCGCACGGCGGCGUGCGUCACCAAUGACGGUGAUGCCGACGAGCUGAGGAGCAUCGGAGAGAAGGUCGUCGAGAAGUGUGGCGGCACCCCACUGGCGAUUAAGGCCGUCGCCAGCAUCCUGAGGACACGGGAGGCCAGCGCUAGCGAGUGGGCGGUGGUGCUCGCGAGCCCGGCAUGGUCGGUGAAGGGGCUGCCGGAAGACGCCUUGAAGCCGUUGUACCUGUGCUAUGACGACCUGCCGUGCCACCUGAAGCAAUGCUUCCUGUACUGCGGGCUGCUGUUCUCCCCGGAUUUUGCCGUGGAAAGGCGACUGCUCGUGCAGCACUGGAUAGCCGAACGCCUCGUGCAGAUCAGUAGCGACGCUUGCGUCCAGGAGGUAGCCGAGGAGUACUAUGAUGAGCUCGUCGAAAGGAACCUUCUCCAGCCGGCAGAGGAAGACGCCGGGUGGUGCACGAUGCAUGGCAUGCUACAUGCUCUAGCACGGCUGCUCUUGGAGAGCGAGGCCUUCACCAACGACGCCCAGCGACUGCUGCCCAACGAUGGUGAUGACAACUCCUUCGUGGUGCGCCUUGUCUCGCUUCCUGGGAGAAACAUGGCUGCGAUACCAGAGAGCAUUCUGAAUUCAGAGGGGAUAAGAACGCUGCUGCUUCCGAAGAACCCACUGACAACUGAAGUUAAGAUCUUCACAAGAUUGAGUCACCUGAUAGUCCUAGACCUGAGUGAAACAGGAAUGGAGCUCAUUCCAGAGACUCUGGGGAAUCUAGUUCAGCUGAGGUUUCUUAACCUGUCCCGGACAAGGAUACAGGCAGUUCCAGAGUCCAUCGGCAAUCUGUGGAGCCUGAAAUUCUUGCUACUCAGAGAGUGCAAGUCACUGCAUGCUCUGCCGAAAGGGAUAGAACAUCUUAAAGCGCUCAGAGACCUUGACCUUGCCGGCACGGUGAUCAAUGCCGCUGUGUUCAGAGUAGGCCAGCUGACAAGCCUCACGUCGCUCCGGUGCUUCACCGUGAUGAGGAAAGAUGCGCGUGCUGCACCGGGUAUGUGCGAGUGGCCUCUGGCUGAGCUCAAGCACUUGUGUCAGCUGAGGACACUCCAUGUGCAGAAGCUAGAGAAGGUCAUAGAUCGAUCCGAGGCAGCUGAAGCUGCACUCGCCUGCAAGACAAGCCUCAGGGAGCUCGCGCUGUCAUGCAGCGGCACAGUCCUUCCUUUACAGACACGGACGGUGGUCAGCAAGAUUGAGGAUGUCUUCGAAGAGCUGAACCCUCCAGAAUGCCUGGAGUCGCUCAAGAUUGCCAACUAUUUUGGGGCAAAGUUCCCGAGCUGGCUGUCAGCAACAUUCCUCCCGAAUCUCUGCCAUCUCGACAUCAUCGGAUGCAACUUCUGUCAGUCCUCUCCUCCAUUAAGCCAGCUGCCAGAGUUGAGAUCGUUGUGCAUUGCUGAUUCUUCAGCUCUCAAGUUUAUUGAUGCAGAGUUCAUGGGCACACCCUACCACCACCAAGUACCAUUUCCAAAGCUCGAGAACCUACGCCUGCAAGGGUUGCAUAAGCUUGAGAAAUGGAUGGACAUUGAGGCAGGGGCGUUGCCAUCUUUGCAGGCAAUGCAGCUUGAGAGCUGCCCCGAACUGCGAUGCCUACCUGGUGGCCUCAGACAUCUGACAUCCCUGAUGGAGCUGUGCAUAGUGGACAUGGCGAGCCUAGAGGCUGUGGAGGAUGUUGCUGCAUUGAGGGAAUUAAGCGUUUGGAACAUCCCAAAUCUGAAGAAGAUAUCAAGCAUGCCUUCCCUUGAAGAGCUUAGCAUAUCGCACUGUCCGGUGCUUCAGAUUGUGCAGAACGUCGACAGGCUGCAAGCAGUACACAUCUUUGAUCAUGAAUUGCAGGAGAUUCCGAGAUGGAUUAAGGCGCUUGCGACAAAGCUGCGCUCCCUGGAUGUCACGGGUACGAUGAAGCUGCUAAAAAGGUGCCUAGCUGAUGGUCCAGACUGGCCCCUGAUCAAGGACAUUGUACAAGUUCGCGGGAAAACGACUGAUUCAGGUUACAUAUUCUAUUCCAAGAGUCCUUACAUCUUUGAGAGCAAUGUCAGUACUCAUGGAAACCUUGACAUGGAAGGCAAAACUGCUGAUUCUGAUAAUGCUGAUGAAGAGUUCGUGGAAAACAGAAAUGCCAAUCAAGAUUCUCCGGUUUCAUCUUCAGGUACAGGUUAUCCGGAAACUAGUGGCUUCUUUGACUCAAAAGCAGUGAAAAGAGGAGUUACCGGGACAGAGGGCGACGUGACACAUAGAAACACGGAGAGAACCCUGCCUAGAAAUAGCCAACGUCGCAUGCAUAAGCUGGCAGAAGUUGUCCAUGAAGAUGGUGAAGCUGAAGAAGGUGCAGAUUCAGGUGUACUAUUUGCUGCCCAUCCAACUAAAGCCCAUGCAGUAGUGGAGAAACUUCAUGCUGUUGUUACUGAUGAUCACAGUGAUAAUAACGAUACAGGUUUAUUGUCAAAAGUUAUCCCUCAUGAAACUACUCCUGAUGCCAUCAGUUCAGUUCUUACCAGGCCAAGAUGGCGCAAGAUAAGAAAGGAUGUUCCUACUGAUACUUCUGCUAACAAAUGUGCUGCUGCAGUUGGUCAUAGCUUGGUCCGCGAAGGGUCUCGAGCAAUCAAAAUUACUGAAACUGAUAAAAAGUUGAACUCACUUCGAUGCAAGGAACCCACAUUGAACAAAGGGGAUAGCUUUGCUGACACCAGCAAACUGACAAGGAGAGUUCAUUACGGUGCAAAUAAGGUGCAAACACAAGUGAAGAGUGACUCUAAAGAAUUUGGCGUUGAUAAAACUGAAAAUAGUUCACCUGCUAUAUUGGCUCGCUCCAGGCAAGUAACAUCCAGCGAGGGAAAAGAUGCUCAUGCUGCUAUUCCUUCGCCCAGCACAGUCAAUCAGAAGAAUGUUGACAAGAUAAACGAGAUUGCAACUUCUGCACCUGCAAGCAGAAAUGCAACAAAAAUCUCAGAAAAUCCAUCAGAAAAAGAAGUAGCAUUGAAAUCUUCUGGCACUACAGAUAGCAGCUUAAUCCGCAAAGGUCAUCACAUGGCAAGUGCUAAAACUAUUCAAGAUUCAGGUGCCAGAUUACUCCAUGUGGAACAAAGGUUAUCUAGUGAAGGAAAAGAAGCUCCCAAUGCUUACAAAGAUUCUACUUGUACUGCUGUUGACAACAUUGGUGAUCAUAUGGAGGGCAAGAGCAUCAGUGUGCCAGCCAUCUCUGGUCCGGAGCUGCCUGCAAGUUUAGCCCGGAGCAAACAGCGGAUACUGAAGAAGCGAGAACCUGAUCCAAGCGAUGGCACAGACGCACUGAUCAAGAAAAUUCCUGUCAUGGCAAGCAAAAUCUCAGAGAAAGUUACCUGUAAAUGCAAGGCCAAAUCAGAGAAAUACCCAUCUACUGUAGCAUCAACGAACACUAAUUCACUGUCAGUGCAUUGUGCUAUUAUUGGUACCCCUGAAGCAACCAUGAAAACAGAAGCUACCAAUGGCCGUGCCAUCGAUGUCGAGCCGCAUCACGCACCAAAGGUGUACACCGCUAUUUGGGCUGACACCGACACCGAUACACUGAGAGCUCGGCUGCUCAGCUCGAUGCAGCACUACCGGAGGAUGGCCUCACGCCGUCGCCGCCACAGGAAGCAUGGCUCCCGGAAGGCUUGGAGCAUCGGCCCAGUAUUGGUGGUCGUCCUCCUACUCGUCUCCCUGGUGCAGCUGUUGUUCAUCGUCUGGCUGUACCGCAGGCUCCAGAAUCAAAACGCCGGAAUGCCAUUGGCAAGAACGCAGUGCGCCUUGCAAUUUAUCCCCAAAUUUUCUGGCGGGAGGGUUUCCAUUUUGAAGAACUUUGGCGCCAAUAAAUUUCGGCAGACUCUAGUAGUACUGGACAAGAGAAAAGAGAGCCAAAAGUUUGGGGAGGCAGAGAAAGGGGGAGCUAGGAUGAGGAAGCAGAAUCAGAAGGCUCACCCGCGCAGAAUCCGAUCGUCCGGCGGCCAGACAACCCUCCAAUCUUUCCUCUUCAAGCCCAGAGUUGCCGAUGGAGGACUGAAUCCCUCGCCGCCGCCGCCGCCGCUGGAGGGUGAGGAGCAGGCGGUCUCGCCGCCGGCGCCACCGCCGAAGCGGGAGAUCAUCAGGGUCACCAACAAGACCAUCAUCAAGGAAAAGGCGAACGCGUUCUCGUCGGUGGGCUCCUCCUCCUCCUCCGCGGGGAAGGACGGGGCCGGCGGAGCGAGCGCUCUGAACGCGGCGGUGUUCAAGCGGUUCAACGGCUCGUCGUCCCCAGCGGCGAGAGCGGAAUGCUUCGUUGUCAGCGGCGGCGGCGGUGUCGCGGAGUCUGGGGAUGACCCGGAGGACGACGACGGCAGCGGCGUCCGGCUCGACGUCGAGGACAUCGCGGCGGGGAGCCGCCGCGGGCGGGAGUCCAGGAAGCGGAAGAGCCCCCUCGGUGCGUGCGCCCCCACGUUUCUCACAUCUUGGCUAGUACUCCGUACUAGUCGUGACACGGCAUUGAUCUCAUCUCCCAGGAGGCGAGGAGGAGCACAACAACAAGAGCAGCGGCCGCAGGCACGUGUUAGUGCUCGGCGACGACCCGAAGCCGAGGCCGCCGCCCUCAGCGGCGGCGGUGAGGCGGAGGAGGGGAAGGGGGAGGGGGAGGCCCGCCGGCCGCAACGAGGGCGACCGCGCCCUGUACAACCACUGUAA